AUGGCAGUCGACCCAGAGGGACGUCGCAAAGCCUUCAAAGUCAUCGCCAAAUCCGCCAUCGCCAAGUCGCGCAAGAACCGUCAGAAGAUCCUCGCCGAGAUCAUGAUCCACAAAUCCGUCGACCACAUCCACGUCGUCAAGUUCGAAGACUGCUUCGAAGACGAUUCCAACGUCUACUUCCGACUCGAGCUGUGCGCCAACGGAUCGCUCAACGACAUCGUCAAGAAGCGCGGUCCCUACACCGAGCCCGAAGCACGCUAUCUCAUGGUUCAGAUCCUCGCUGGAACUCAAAACUUGCAUUCCAACAGCAUCAUCCAUCGCGAUCUCAAGUUGGGCAACAUCUUCUUGGACGAGAAGAUGCACGUCAAGCUGGGAGACUUUGGUCUCGCUGCGCUACUCAAGCAUCCAGAGGAAAGGAAGAAGACCGUCUGCGGUACUCCGAACUACAUCGCACCCGAGAUCCUCUACGAUCAGGGUCAGGGACACAGCUUCGAGGUGGACAUUUGGAGUGUCGGUGUCAUCAUGUACACGCUCUUGGUCGGAAAGCCUCCUUUCCAGACGCCCAAGGUGGAUGAGAUCUACGAGAGGAUCAGACAGAACGCGUACGAGAUCCCCGUCGGGGCAGGGUUGAGCGCCGAGGCGGUGGAUCUGAUCACCAGGAUCCUGACGCACAACCCAUCUCAGAGACCGACGUUGGUUCAGAUCAUGAACCACGCUUGGUUUCAGUGCGGUCCUGUGCCCUUGACGAUACCCCCGACCAGCAUGGAGGGUACACCUUUCCUGCCACCCCUUACUGCGAGGGAGAGCGCAAGGAAUUUGGAACUGCUCAAGAGGCAAGCUGCGUGGAACGACCGCGCCGACGAUCUGCUCGAAGACGUUCUUACCGCCGGAAACAAUGCCGUCGGUUCGUCACCCGAGACUUAUGCGGAUGCGAACGAUGAACCGGUCGAAGUCGUGGUCGACGCGAGGAGCGAGUUGGAGCAGGCGGAGCAAGCCGAGGAACGACGCGAAAAGAUGGACCGCGAGUUCCACCACGCCAUCCAACCCGAAUCCCCCAUCUCAGCGCUGCUCAAGGCAGGUCGUCAACCGCUCAUCAAGGCACCAGCUCCGCCUCCGCAAAGCUUCGCCAGGUCGACUGCAAACAGCUUAGCGAAACAGCUGUCGAGCCUGACGCUCAACAGGUCAAGUGCAUCGGGGGACAAGGAGAACGCCAAUCCGAUGGCGCCCCCUCCCGCUGCGGCUGGUGGUGCGGGUCGAUCCGAGUUUGGCAGGACGUAUUCGCGAAACACAAACGUCGCUCCAGCGCAAGAUGAGAGGGCUUUGCAGCAGAAGACUCGUCUUGUAGCGACCACCACCCCCAUCACCACCGCAUCUACCGGAUCUGGACUCACCCGUCCCCCAUCCACCGCAUCCUCGCUCAACGACGCGGCGCUCCCCACCUCGUCCUCGCGCACCACGCUCGCCUCCAUCGGCUCCUCCACCGCCCUCGCUCCCGGCGCCAAGAAGACCAAGACCUCGAUCGAAGUCAUCAUCUCCCACCUCGAAUCUGCGCUCCUCUCGCUCGAAUCCAACACCCCCUACAUCGCCCCCGCCAGCUCCGCUGUCGAGUCGAUCUCGUUCGUCUCGAAACCGUGCGAACUCAAUGGCACGCGUUUGCACCCUGAAUCACCCCGCACCUUCCUCAUCUCGUGGCUGGACCAUUCGGAACGCUAUGGACUCGGAUACGCCUUGUCGGACGGAACGGUCGGAGUGUACUUCCGGGAUGCUACUUCGAUGAUCCUUUCGGCGGGGAAGAAGAGUGUCGACUACAUUUCGACGGUUCGAGCAUCGAAGACGACAUCCGCGAAAACGGAUCAAUUGAAGCGGGAGAGCUUCUCGCUUCCGUCGGCGGUGGUGGAGGAGGGAAGUGUUCCACGGGAACUCCACUCGCGCGUCCGGGUGAUGAAGUACUUUGAAAAGGAGAUCAUGGAUCGUCUGUACGGCGCUGAUUCACCGCUCACGUUUACGGAUACCAAGUCUACGGGUAUGACGUUCGUUCACAAGUGGUACAAGACCAAAGACGCCAUCGUCUUCCGUCUCAGCAACGGCACUGUUCAGCUCAACUUCUACGACCAUACCAAAGUUUUCCUCACGCACGGUGGUCAGGUGAUCUCGGUGAUCGAACCGCUGGAUAAGACGGGUGGAGUGCCGAGGAUGACCAGCUGGACACUGGAGGAGUUUGUGAGCAUCGCGAGGGGAGAUAGGAGUGCGAGGGAGGAGCAGGGGGUGGAAGAGGGGUGUGUCAGGACGAAACCGGUCGAGAGGAGGAGGGUGAGAGGGUUGGUAGGGAAGGUGAGGUAUGCUGUGGAGGUGCUGUGCACGACGGUGCAGGGGGCGAAGAGAGCAGGGGGUGGGUUGGUGAGGAGCGAAUCGGGGGCGACGGUGGCCACGGCCAACUAA